CGUCGCGCGUCAAGAUAACAAUGUGAUUUGCACGCCUCAGCACCAGCACUGCUCGACCGCAAAUACAUGCUGGCAACGACAAUGCCGUCCACGCCGGCCUCCACGGGGCAGUCGAGCUCUAGCCCACAGCCCGCGUCGUCGUCUCAACUCCCAGUCGAGAAAGGGAUGCGUGACCCGCAAAGCACGUCGAGUCAAGUGCGAUGAGCAGAAGCCCAUGUGCGGGCGCUGCGUUCGAGGAGGCAGACUCUGUGGCGGCUACGACGACGAGGGCAGAGCCCACGACGCGUCGACGGUGUUGCAGCCUGCUCUACGAGAUGGCGCGCGUAUAGAGCGCGAGGUGGAACGACUGAGCCAUCUCGCGUCUCUUGUCAUGUCUCUUGAUCGCGACAAUCGGCCUUUGCAGCAUGACAGAGUCUGGGGACGCCCCUUUCUUCAAUUCUCUCAUAGCGUGCAUUGUGCCAAGGCAGCCGCCGCCGCAUUCGGUGCUGCUUACGAGGCCUUACUCAAAGGCCACAUUCCGCAGGACCAUCCGCCGACGUUGAACUAUUACGGAUCCGCGCUCCGGCAGCUCCAAGCCAGCGUGGACGACGGCAGCGCAACCCCUGAGUCCUGCGCGGUCGCGUCGCUCAUGCUGUCCGGCGUGGAGAUUCUUAGCCAGCACGAGGCCAACUCGUUUAUGCAUUUCCUUGGUGCGUGCCAGAUUCUGGACACCAAGCGACAGGGUAGCUCGAGCCCAACAGCGUCCGGCGUUUUAGAGGUGGUGGAGGAAGAGCUGGUGUUGAUUGGCGUGGCGGUUGGUGGCUACACAAUGUCACAGACCCCGGCGUUUAUGCACCUCGAACCCCAACACACACAUGCAGCGGACGACGAUGAUGCGUUUAGUCGCACAGGCUCCGCCAUCAAAGCCUCCGCCUACGCCCUCCAUCGCGCAUACAACUUUAUAGGGCGAAGUGGUGGCCCGAAGCACAGGUACUCGGACUACGCCCAAAGAGACCCCAUGUUUCUUCGGGACCAGGCCGACGUCUUGGCCAAACUCGGUGCAGUGUGUGGCAGUCUGGAAACGCUCACGGAACGCCUCGAAGCACGGCUCUCGACCAAGGCCGAGUCCGCUUGCGAGACAGCCAUGGACCUCGCCGAGGUCUAUGCUCUGCGAUCCCAGGUCACGACGACGUUGAUCUUCUUACUCUGCAUGCAUAGCCCCUUUGAGAGCGCGCACGACACCCACCGAACCCUGUUUCAGAGCAUUAUUAGCAACGCGGCCGCGUCGAUACACACUAAAGAUCGCAUCAAGUCAAGCACAUUCAGUCGUUUCACAUGCCGACCUGGCGUUCUUGGACCUCUGUUCAUCGUGAGCACGAAAUGCAGGGACCCGUCGCUGCGGCGCCUCGCCACCAGCAUGCUUAAAGAGCAGGGUCGAGAAGGGCCAGCCGACGGGCGGACAAUGGCCGUCAUCAGUGCCCGUUUGACCCAGCUGGAGGAGUCUGCCGAACCCAAGACCGGGCCCCAUUUCCCGCGCGUCGCCGCAGACAUUCAGGAGCGCUACCGGAUUCACGGCUACUCUGUAGACGGUCCCCAGCUCAUCAAGGAUAAUAAGCGUGUUAUUCGUGUGAGUUUUAGUAUGCCGUGUCCUCCGCUGCAGGAAGGAUGGGGAUCUGUCGACUACGCGAAGGUGGAAAACUGGUCAUUCCGGUCAGAGGAUCUGGAAUUAUAGUGACGCUGCGCCCAACAAGGUUACGAAAACUCCAGAUCACUGCGUCACCGAGGCCAGAGCGUUCCACGUGCAUUGAAAAUAACUGCUUAGACAUGCAAAGGGUCGUCUUUCCAG